GGGGCGUAUCGGAAGUUGCUUUGUUUUGCUUCAAGAUGGCUGCGGGGAUGUAUUUGGAACAUUAUCUGGACAGUAUUGAAAACCUCCCAUUUGAAUUACAGAGAAACUUUCAACUUAUGAGGGACCUUGACCAAAGAACAGAGGACCUGAAGGCUGAAAUUGACAAGUUGGCCACUGAGUAUAUGAGUAGCGCCCGCAACCUGAGCUCCGAGGAAAAAUUGGCUCUUCUCAGACAGAUCCAGGAAGCCUAUGGCAAGUGCAAGGAAUUUGGUGACGACAAGGUGCAGCUUGCCAUGCAGACCUAUGAGAUGGUUGACAAACACAUUCGGCGACUGGACACAGACCUGGCCCGUUUUGAGGCUGAUUUGAAGGAGAAACAGAUCGAGUCAAGUGACUAUGACAGCUCUUCUAGCAAAGGCAAAAAGAAAGGCCGGACUCAAAAGGAGAAGAAAGCUGCCCGUGCACGUUCCAAAGGGAAAAACUCAGAUGAAGAAGCACCCAAGGCUGCCCAGAAGAAGUUAAAACUUGUGCGCACAAGUCCUGAGUAUGGGAUGCCCUCAGUGACCUUUGGCAGUGUCCAUCCCUCUGAUGUGUUGGAUAUGCCUGUGGAUCCCAACGAACCCACCUAUUGCCUUUGUCACCAGGUCUCCUAUGGAGAGAUGAUUGGCUGUGACAACCCUGAUUGUUCCAUUGAGUGGUUCCACUUCGCCUGUGUGGGACUGACAACCAAGCCUCGGGGGAAAUGGUUUUGCCCACGCUGUUCCCAAGAACGGAAGAAGAAAUAGAUAAGGGCCUUGGAUUCCAACACAAUUUCUUCAACAUCCCCUGAUCUGGGCUAGUGGGCAGAGGAAUGCCUGUAUUGGGGCCAGGGGGUUCAGGGAGAAGUGGAUGGUGCGGUAUCGUCAUCCCUUCUCCUCCCCUUCCCCAUUCCCGGUGCUGAGGCUGCAUUCAAACCCUGGUAGGGAGGGGUGCCGCAACCACUAACGGUAUGUGUUCUCAUUCUGCCCUCCCCCUGGUUGGGAAGUAAGCUUGCCCACUGUCCUUUUGCCUCCAUGCUGAGGUUGGUGCUGUAUUUCAGAGGAAGGGUCCUCUUGAUUUCCCUUGCUUUGUAUUUGAGGACUGGGGAAGUAGCAUAGGGCACUCCUCUGGCUCCCUUAAUCCUCCUCCUGCUACCCUGUGGGGAGCUAGGUAUGAACUCUCUUCUCCAUUCUCUUCCUGUUUUUUCAUGGUGGGGAUGCCCUGGAUCAUUUGGGCUGUGGCCCUCAUUGAAGGGGCACCCAUCCUCUAUGCCAAGGGGAUUCAUCCUGACCUUGAAUGGGAGAGGGGGCAAGGUGGAAUGCAGAUAACUCACAUGUAAAAGGAGCCUGGAUAGGUAAAUAAAAGCUAAACGUGUUGGCCUGCUGUGUUUAUUGGAGAGACACUAUUUCAGUACAUGUGCUAAGCAUUCUUUUUUGCACCCUCUGGGUUGGAUGAGAGGUGGGAGGAUGACAUCCCAGAAUUAGGACAAGAAAUCUGAAUUAAUAUUGUGCACCAGCAUCUACAGCUUCUCAACCUGGGGAAGGCAACACUGGCUGGAGGGUGUGACUCAGAACUUUGUAAAUUGUGCAUCUUUUCUCCAUAAGACAUCUUUUUACUUAAUUUCCAAUAAAUGAUGUAUUUGUGUUAUA